AUGAAAAAGAGAAACAAAAGAAAGGAGAAGAGGGAGGAAACGAAAGCAGAGGAGAGUCAAAAAGAAAGAGAGGAACAGAGGAAUUGGGGGAAGGAAAAGGAGAUAGAAAAGAAAGGGGAAGAGGGAGAACAAGAAGGCAGUGGAAAAUUAAAACAAAAAAGAGAAACAGAGGAAUUGGGGGAGAGAGAAAGCGAUAAUGAAGAAUGUGGAAAAGCGGGAGGGAAAAAUAGUGGCAAAGAGAAGGAAAAAGAGAGAGAAAAGAAAGGGGAAGAAGGAGAACAAGAAGGCAGCGGAAAAUUAAAACAAAAGAGAGAAACAGAGGAAUUGGGGGACAGAGAAAGCGAUAAUGAAGAAUGUGGGAAAGCGAGAGGGAGAAAUAGUGGCAAAGAGUGGAGGGAUGAGAAGGAAAAGGAGAGAGAAAAGAAAGGGGAAGAAGAAGAACAAGAAGGCAGUGGAAAAUUAAAACGAAGGAGAGAAACAGAGGAAUUGGGGGAGAGAGAAAGCGAGAAUGAAGAAUGUGGAAAAGCGGGAGGGAAAGAUAGUGACAAAGAGUGUUACUACUCUCAGAAGAUCUUGAAAUACAAAAUAGGUCAAGGGACAAAAAGAACAAAGGAAAAGAAGAGAGAAAAGGAAAGAGAAGAAGAGGAAAAGAAAGCAGAGGAAAUUCAAAAAGAGAGAACCGAGGAAUUGGGGGAGGGGAAUGGAGAAUGA